AUGGCCCAAGAGGGGGGACAGGGUGGUGAUGCUGGAUGUGGGGCAGUGGGUGGAAGGGGAGCUGAGGCCGGACGUGGAGGCAUGCAUCAGGGACCUCACAAUGGUAAUGGCAGCAGAGGAUACCAUGGACUGGGCAAUGAUGGUAGCUAUGGUGGCAUGUCGGGAUAUCAUCCAGAAUAUGGCACGGGUUUUGGUUGUGGUGGCUAUGCUACAUAUGGCAGCUGUGGGUGGCCUCGCGCAAACUCCUAUGAUCAUCGGGGUGCGCGGGGUUUCAGCGAGCACCGACCAGGAUAUGGUGGUCGACAUGAUGGAGGUUCUGGUUUUGUCGGGCAAGGUAGGGCUAGUCUUGAUGGUUUUGCUGGUGGCCGAAUUGGAGGUGGAGCUACUCAUGCACCAGAGGGUGAGGUGCCGACACGAGAGGUGCCAGUUGCUCAUCAAAGGGAUGGUGUAGGGGGACAGCAAGGAUCCCAAAGGCUAGGAGAGGAAAUUGUAGUAGUUGCAUACAAUAAAAAUACAAUGCUGGAUGUUGUUCCUGAGGGGUCUUCCACUCUAAGCAAGGGCAAGGUUUAUGCUGGGGCCAGCCCCUCAAAGGAUCAUCAGGGAAAGGUUAGAAACAACUUUGGUACGAUUCGAGUUGCUGUCUUGGAUGUAGACUUGGUCCCAAAGGUCAUUAGUGUGGUCAUUGGAGAAAAAUUAUAUGACAUUCACCUUCUUGUGGAACAAGUACUAGAAGGAAAUAAGAAGGAUAUGAAUACCGAUAACCCAAAUGGAGAUGAUGAUGCAAAUGCAACAAAAGAAGAUGAGAACAUGGAAGAUAGAGAGGCAAAGAGGCCUAAAAGCAAUGGGAAAGCGAAAAUCAAUGACAAGGAAAAUGAUGAUGCAUCAGCUGGUCAGAUCACUCGAGAAAAUGCAAGAGUCUAUCUCUGA